CCUUCAAAGCAAUGGUCAACAACACAGCCUACAGGGCGUGUGCAGGUGAAGCCACGAAGCACUGCAUGGCCACUUGGCCACGCCCCAAAGAAAAGCCCAUUGGAUUUUAAAACUGCGAGCACGUGUUAUGAGUUGCAUGAAACAAGACUUCGGUCAUCUGACACGUAA